CUCUCACAGCCCGAAGUUGCAUGGCUGAGCGCUGAACACCGAGUCUCGAAGACAUUCCCAUCUCAUGAAGAAGUGUUUUCAGAUCUUCUGAUUCCAUGAUACUGGUGAUAGAUUCAGAAGCCAACAGUAGAAGUAACGAUACUUUACAGGUCAGCCAAGCUGCGCAAAUUCUCCUGAUCCUGUCAUCAUAGAACUAUUGCUCGGCGUUGGCUUGUCCCAUGCUUAAGGCAAAUGUGCACAAUUCCGCUUUAACGAACCACGUGGGGGGGUGCUCUGGAAUAACGGUUGGAAGCCCGAGUCCGAGUCCGAAUCCGAAUCCGAGAGCGAUCAAUAAGCCGCGAGGAAUUAGAGUGCGUCAUCAUUUUGAGACGUCAUUCCCACAAGAUUGCCAGGGCUGCUACGCGAUGGCUAAAUAUCGAACUUUCAUGCAUUGGCCUCAGUUCAUCCCUGAUGUUAUUCUUCCUCCUUCUCUUCCUGUCGCGUAAGGCGCUGGCAGCAAUCGACCGACACACUGUGGUAUCACGGUACAAUCCCACCCGCAAUACAUCCAGCCUCACCACGCCGAUGCAAGUAGGCAACGGAAACUUCGCUUUCGGCGCCGACGUCACAGGUCUCCAGACGUUCCAGCCAUUCGCUAUCAUGUCUUCGUGGGGGUGGAAGAACGACACGUUGCCUGAGGGUAAGACGAUGGACGACGUGAACAAUUAUCACGGCGUAAGUUGGUAUAAUCACGAACAACUCGUCGAGUAUGAUUUUGGCGGUGACCCGCUGAUUGAGCAAUGGCUCACAGCGAAUCCCAACCGUGUCAAUCUGGGAAGGGUGGGGCUGGUGUUUCGGUCGGCCGAGGGAGAGGUGCUCAACGUGACGGAGAGUAACUUGACGGAUGUUCACCAGGAGCUCGACCUCUGGACGGGAACGAUUACAAGCGGAUUCUCUUUUGGAGGGGAGCCGAUUAUUGUGACAACGACAUGUGCACAGGACCGAGACACCGUUGGAAUUAGCAUCGAGUCUGCACUGUUGAGUGAUGGUCAGUUGGGCGUGUUCGUGGAUUAUCCGUGGAACGAUGGUUCAGAAUCAUUCAACGCACCGUUUGUCGGGAACUGGGAUGCUCCUGCCAACCACACGACUUCGAUCAGUACUGACGUUGAUGACCACAAUGCAGAGAUUACACACACGCUCGACGAAGCUUCGUUCAUCACUUCUUUCGACGGCGACACUUUCACCAUAUCCCGCGAUGCUCCCGAUGCUCAUCGUUACACCAUCCUACCCAAAGACUCUACGUCGACUUUCCGAAUGGCAAUUACCUAUGGUAUCACAAGUCCAGGCGACAGGACAAGCUACGAGGCCACGGACGUUUCAUCGCGAACAACUUGGGACGCCUUUUGGUCACAAAGCGGUUUCGUCGACGUAUUUACGGAGUCUUCGGAUCCGAGAGCAGAUGAGUUGCAAAGGAGGAUUAUUCUUUCGCGGUAUUUGUUGCGUGUGAAUGAGGCAGGAGAUACCCCACCGCAGGAAUCCGGGCUAGUGAAUAAUGGCUGGUACGGCAAAUUCCACAUGGAGAUGUACUUUUGGCACUCGGCACACUGGGCUCUCUGGAACAACUGGGAGCUGCUCAGCCGAUCUACCGGUACUUACGCCAAAUUCCUACCAUCCUCGAUAGCCCGGUCGCAGGAGCAGCAACACUGGCCCUCCGGUGCACGAUGGCCAAAGAUGACCGAUCCUUCAGGUCGUUCAUCCCCAGGCGAUAUAAACAAUCUGCUCAUCUGGCAGCAGCCGCACCCGCUCAUAUUUGCUCAGUAUGAAUAUCGGGCAUCACCAACGAUGGAGACACUGCGCAAGUGGGAGGAUGUCGUUCGGGAAACGGCGAAUUGGAUGGCGGAUUUUGCAUGGUAUAACGAGUCCACAGGCGUCUAUGAUCUUGGACCACCCUUGUACGACGUGAGCGAAGAUAGCGGUCCCAAUAUGACUGUGAAUCCAGCAUUCGAAUUGGCGUAUUGGCGGCUGGGAUUGGGCUAUGCCGAAGAAUGGAUGAAGAAUCUCGGCGAGGAAGUACCAAGCAGUUGGACGGUGGUCAAAGACAAUCUCGCACCACUUCCUGUCAACAACGGCACCUACAAGGUGUACGAAACGAUUGGGGAUGAUUUUUGGACGGAUCCGGCGCACAUAUUCUUUCACCCAACAUUAGUGGGAUUGUAUGGAUGGCUUCCGGAGACGGAGGGAUUGAACCUCACGAUUGCCAAAGCGACGGCCGAGAAGGUGCGAGAGUAUUGGAUUGUGACGUAUGUCUGGGGGUGGGAUUUCUCGAUGCUUGCUAUGUCGUCGGCACGUAAUGGGGAAGCCGAAGACGCCGUCGACUGGCUGUUACAUCCUCAUUUGAAUUUUGACGAUGUUGGGAUGCCAUUGAGUAACGUACGUGUUGCCCCGCCAUAUUUCCCGGGCCCAGGUGGACUCUUGUAUGCUGUAGCGAUGAUGGCAUGUGGAUGGGAUGGUAGUGAAGGGGAUGCGCCAGGAUUUCCGAAAGACGGCUGGGUUGUUCGCCAUGAAGGUUUGAGUAGAGCCUUGUAAUCAACGAACAUUUCGUACCUUUUACCAAGUAGCUCGUAGUCCACAAUGAUGACAAUGCUCUCCAAUUUUCGUAACCGUGUUGACGGUGAAACUCUCGUAUCUGCAGUGUAUCAAUCUCAGUCUACGGACUUCUGCCUGGAAUUGAGGCCCAAAUUGAUACUAAAGCAAAGACAAAUAUAACGCAGCGUCGAGAAUAAACCUUCAAAAGCUCCUAGACAGAAUGGAAGAACGUGAAACACAGUCAUGACAUGACUUGAAUCAAAGUGACGGGAGAUGCGAAGUCGAGCAUGGCAGUAUAUAGAG